CUACCAGACAUUCUCCAGGAUCGACUCCACCAGAGCCCGUCUCACACCCAGGUUCUAACCUCGAUUCUCCUGUCUCUCAACGCACUGGUCUCGAUUGCCAUUGCUCCCUUCACAGGUCAUCUGGCCGACGGCUCCAAGUCGAAGAAUCAAUGGAUGGUUCUGUCAUGGGUGACGAAUGCUGUUGGAGCAGUCAUCACAGCGUGGAGCACGACCUUGGUCGGACUGUUCAUCGGACGCCUCAUCCAAACCUUCGCUGGGUCGGUGAUCUGGAUCGUCGGAAUGGCCAUUCUGGGAGAUACGGUUGGGGCCAAAGACCUGGCCAAAGCACUGGGGUUUGCCAUGCUCUUCGUGUCUGCGGGUCUUCUCUGUGGUCCGGCCGUGUCGGGAUCGCUCUAUCAAUUUGUGUCCUACUCGAUGACCUGGGCCAGUGUGUUUGCCGUGCUGCUGCUGGGCCUUGUACUACAGCUUCUCAUCAUCGGACCCUUCAACUACGACAUGACUGCCAUGCGAAACGCUACGAAUCAGUCUUCGGUGUCUGAUAUGGAAGAUACCCUGGUCAGAAGACCAUUCCUUGGUUCUGAGUCCACACCCUCAGGUGCCCCCUAUCAAUCGGUCCAGGAAUACACCUCUCUUCCGCCCCAGCCCCAGGAUGCACAGGCCUCAACGCACAAUGUCUACUGGAUGAUGCUCCGCAAGAAGCGGGUCUGCACCGCGCUCGUGGCCGACAUCCUCUUCGCGAUCGUGAUCGCCAGCUUCGAGACCACGAUCCCGAUCCACAUCAAUGCCGUCUUCCACUGGGAAUCUCUGCAGGCCGGACUACUCUUCCUCCUCCUGCAGGCGCCAUCGCUCGUGCUAGUGGUGCCAGCGGGAUGGCUCAAAGACCGAAUCGGCAUGCGAUACCCGGUGACCAUCGGGUUCCUGUGUCUAGCGCCCUCGCUGUGGCUACUCGGAGUGCCCGGACAAAAGCAGUUUCCGUGGGCCCGCGACGACGACACGAACCGGGCGAUCUUCAUCAUCACGCUGCUGGGGAUUGGGGUAUGGCGGACGCUGCUCCUGGGGUUCGGGGCCGUGGAAGUGCUGCACGGAGCCAACGAAUUGGCGGCGCAGAGUCCAGGCGUCUUCGGGCCUCACGGCGGAUACUCGCGGUCUUUCUCCAUGUCCAACAUCAGCUGGAAGCUGGGCAUGUUCGUCCAGCCGCUGCUGUCGGGGACGUUGACGGAGCAAAUGGGCUACUACGAGAUGAAUCUGGUCUUGGGUAUUCCGCGUGUCUUCGAUUAUCAACUAUCACCACCUCCAUCCCUUGCCUUGCCCUCCCACCCUGUUCCCUGCAUGCGUCCACUGUCCAUCGACAUGAGCCAACCCCAACCCCAGUCCCAGGUGAUUGCCCUCGCCGGCGGCACGGGCGAUCUCGGCCAUUACCUGCAGGAAGAACUGGGCAAUAAUCCUCGCUACAGCGUGGUGAUCCUCACCCGCCAGAGCAACCCCCCCACCCCGCAAACCGCCAACACAACAAUCCACUCGACCGACUACAGCCUGCCCUCGCUUCUAUCCAUCCUUACCAGCACUAACAGCACAACGCUGAUCUCACUCCUCCGCUGCCCAGACCCAGAUUAUGUGCCCCUGCACACUACGCUCCUCGCCGCCUGUCGCCUCUCCCCGGCCUGCAAGCGCUUCAUCCCCUCCGAAUGGGCAGGCGACAUCGAGGCCUACCCGGACCUGCCGCGCGCAUACCGCCGCACCCGCGCCCCCUUCCGGGCUCUGCUUGCGCAGACCCAAGGGGUAGAAUGGACGCUGUUCAACCACGGGUGGUGCAUGGAGUAUUUCCUGCCGGAGACGCGGUCCUUCCGGCGGUGCAUGCCGGGCGAGUUCCCCAUUGACCUGGGUGCGUGGAGGUAUACCGUCCGCGGCACGGGCGAGGAGAUGCAGUCUUGGACCUGUGCACGGGAUAUCGCCCGGGCGGUGGUGCGGUUGCUGGGGGUCAAGGCUUGGGUGAGUUCGGGAAGGCUAAUUGGUGGGUUAGGGCGGUCGUUUGAGAGAGCGUAUCGGUCGAAGGCAAAUAUUGAAGAUGAUAUCAAGAAAUACGAGGAUCAGCCUGAUAGUCUGGAGUUGGCUAUUGCAGAAGCGGAGGAAUGGACCAUCAGUGGUGCUACGGCCUGUCCUAAGGAGAAGACUCUGCAGCAGAGGGAGAAGUUCUUUUCCGAUAUCCAGUUCACCACGGUGGGGGAGCUCUUGAAGAAGGCAGAGGUGGAGGGGAGGGUCUGA